GGGCGCGGGGGAGCGCUCUGGCGGCCGCGAUCCCGGCUCCGAGGGGGCGGGCCGCCGGCGGGGCUCCCCCGCCAACUUGGGCGGGGAAGAAGGCGGAGGCGUCAGUGGGCACCUUUCCGAGGUGCUGCGUGCGGGCGCUGGAAGGCUGCCUGGUGUCACAUUGGGGCGAGCGGACGGUGGCGGGGCCCGAGAGCCCAGAGCCGAGGACCUCUCCAGCGGCAGCCAGCCGGAGGUCCCGCAGUAUUCCGGGGUGGACCCCCCAAAAUCGCAGCCCCACCCCCACAGCCCGGGCGGCGGAGUGACAGUUGGUAUCUCCUGGUCUGAUCGCAGCCGGCUAGGCGCCCGCGGCUUUGGGAUUCCCUUCAGCACGGCCCCUCGAUGACCCCCAACGACAUAACAGGCAAAGCUUCAGUGGCUGAAGGAGCUGUGACCUUCCCAGCACAGGGCAGUUGGAGCACAGCAGUGGGGUGUGUGUGGAAGAGAUAGCACAGACUGGAUGGAAGACUGAUGAGGAAAAGUAACAGCAUGACUGAGGUGAUGGAAAUGUACUGGAACACUGGGAGAAGCUAGUAUCUCACAGGAAGCCAAGAUGACAAGAAUCUUUUCAAAAUAAUCCAAGGAAGAAUCCUGUUCAGAAAUGAGGCCAAUUAAUGUUCAGACACCGCUACACGAAGUGCUUUAAACUGCCCUGACCAUCUUGCCAAAUGAGUCUCUGCUCAUGAGACCCAACAAGAUGAACCGGCCCAGGAGGGAUAGUGCCCUGCUCUGUACGAACAGUGACUGCUGACGUCUAAGAGCAAGUUGGGGGUACUGCGUUUUGUCUGCCAGUACCAUGAAGGAAGUGGUUUAUUGGUCACCCAAGAAGGUGGCAGACUGGCUGCUGGAGAAUGCUAUGCCAGAAUACUGUGAACCUCUAGAACAUUUCACAGGCCAGGACUUGAUCAACCUAACCCAAGAGGAUUUCAAAAAACCCCCACUGUGCCGAGUCUCCUCUGACAACGGGCAGCGGCUCUUAGACAUGAUCGAGACCCUGAAGAUGGAGCAUCAUAUGGAAGCGCACAAGAAUGGCCACGCCAACGGGCAUCUCAGCGUUGGCGUUGACAUUCCCAACCCUGAGGGCAGCUUCAGCAUCAAGAUUAAGCCCAAUGGAAUGCCAAAUGGGUAUAGGAAAGAGAUGAUAAAAAUCCCCAUGCCAGAACCAGAGCGCUCCCAGUACCCCAUGGAGUGGGGCAAGACUUUUCUGGCCUUUCUUUAUGCACUUUCCUGUUUUGUUCUCACUACAGUGAUGAUCUCGGUCGUCCAUGAACGAGUACCUCCUAAGGAGGUGCAGCCUCCACUACCGGACACAUUUUUUGACCAUUUUAACCGGGUGCAGUGGGCCUUUUCUAUUUGCGAAAUUAACGGCAUGAUCCUUGUAGGACUCUGGUUAAUUCAGUGGCUGCUCUUAAAAUACAAGUCUAUUAUUAGCAGAAGAUUUUUCUGCAUAGUUGGCACGCUGUACCUGUAUCGGUGUAUUACAAUGUAUGUAACUACACUCCCAGUACCUGGCAUGCAUUUCAACUGUUCUCCGAAGCUGUUUGGAGACUGGGAAGCACAAGUACGGAGGAUAAUGAAGCUCAUUGCUGGAGGUGGCUUGUCCAUCACAGGCUCUCACAACAUGUGUGGGGACUAUCUGUACAGUGGCCACACGGUCAUGCUCACGCUCACCUACUUAUUUAUCAAAGAGUAUUCCCCUCGGCGACUCUGGUGGUACCACUGGAUUUGCUGGCUCCUCAGCGUCGUUGGAAUCUUCUGUAUUCUCUUAGCGCAUGACCACUACACUGUGGACGUGGUGGUGGCCUACUACAUCACCACAAGACUCUUCUGGUGGUAUCACACGAUGGCCAAUCAGCAAGUGCUAAAGGAAGCUUCCCAGAUGAACCUCCUGGCCAGGGUGUGGUGGUACAGGCCAUUUCAGUACUUUGAAAAGAAUGUCCAAGGAAUUGUACCUCGAUCUUACCAUUGGCCCUUCCCCUGGCCAGUAGUCCACCUUGGUAGGCAAGUUAAAUAUAGCCGGUUGGUAAACGACACAUAAGAGCUCUACAGAGUUGGGGAAUGAGGACCUGUCCGAAGUGCUAAGAGCUCCCUGAGAGAUGAUGCCAUAAGACAAAGACCUCCCUACUGCUAUUCUCUUUCAACAGUUACCUUGACUUUACCUAUUGAGUUACCUGGUCAGCACUGUGAUCUCU